UCACCAGGCUACAGCCGGAGAUUCCCCACUGGCACCCAGCGAUCGUCAGGCAAAGCUGACAGGGGAGAGACCUAUUAUGCUGCUUUGUAUAUCUGCACAACAGAGAAAUACAAAAUAGCAUAUCUUCCUAGUAAAACCCCACAGAGCAGUGUAAAACAACACACAGUUAACCCUUUGAUCACCCCCGUUGUUAACCCCUUCCUGCCCAGUGUCAUUAGUACAGUGUCAGUGCUUUUUAUUAGUGCUGAUCACUGAAUUAGUGUCAUUGGGAUGUCAGUGGCAGUUAGUUCUCACCCAGUGUCAGAAUGUCCCCCGCAGUCCCGCUAUAA